AUGAGCUCAUCGUCGCGAACAUGGCGGCAGCGCGUGUUUCGUAUCGCCACAGCAGCGCAAACAAUCUCUUCCGCUACGCUUGGUAGUGUGCUGAUCGUGCACCUGGCUGCGCCAGUCGUGGCCUCGCUCACAGGCCCGGCAGCCGUGGACAUGUCGAACCAGAUGAUUCUUCUCGGCCGCGAAUGGUACCAGCGUGCAUGGAUUGAGCCUGUACUGGUAUAUGGCUCUUUUUCGCUGCAUAUUCUCUCGUCGCUUGUGCGCCGCGCCUUGCUCCAUCGUCCCACGUUGUGCUGGCCAUGGCACUGGCGUUGGGAGACAUGGCACUCUGUAUGUGGCUGGAUCCUCACGCCGCUUGUAUGUGCGCAUGUUUUGGUGAACCGAAUUGUUCCGCAGCAGUCGUCGCUACCUAUUUCGGGUCUCUCCCCGUCUGAACUUGACAUGUCCUACGUGAGCUAUGCUUUGGCGGCUAGUCCCAUCACGACAUGGAGUGUGUAUGUUCUGCUAAGCGUCACAGGUGCAGUGCAUAUAGUCGGCGGUGCUAUGAAGCUCAUGCGGCGACGUAAGAUGCGGGUGCGUGCGCAGUAUGGCCUCACCACUGCGUUUGCCCUUGCUGCGAUGCUGUUGGUGGGCACGUCGGCGAUUGCCCAGGACGGACUGGCCUCGGUUGCACCCACAGCCAUGGAGCGGAUGGCUGCAUGCUACCGCCAAGUUGUGCCGUGGCGUUGGGUGGGUAUCUAG